UUCGCCAACGUUCACUCGCCGCAGGCACGACGAUUUCCCAAUUCGAACGGUUGUUGUGGCGUUCCGUGUGCUUUGUUGCUGUCGUCGUCGGUAGCAGCCAGCGCGUGUGUGUGCGCUGUCGUUGUUGUCAGCGCCAUCAUUUUCGUGGUUAUUGUGGAUGCAACAUUUUGUUGUUGUUGUUGUCGCGUAUUUAUUUUUGCUUUGAUAAUUUUAAAUAUGUUGCGAUAGUUGUAGCUUCAGCUGUGCUCUGUCUUUUGUGUGUAUUCGCGCGUGUAUGUGUGUGGAUGGCUGUGGGUUUGCGUUCAUCCCCUGCUGUUUGCGGAUACGAGAUGCAGAUAGUCAUCGCAACGAGACACGCUGAUGCUACCACCAACCAUUGACGAGCAACAACGCCGCUUUGCACACACACACAUACACAGAGACUCAAAUAUUCUAUAAAUAAACAACAACAAAAAGACGCACAGCACACAUAUGCCACCCUUCUUCAUUCCCUGCAGGCAGCUCGAUCACUCACACAGAGACACGUACACUGUAAAUAUUUAGUCAUCAGCCACAACAUCCUCAUCGAACAUCCCGGUCCAUCCCCGUUAAGUCACUGCACCGCUAACUGUAACUGUGCUAGUGACGCGCACUGAAGCAACGCCGAGUGAACGCACAUCCCAACUCGAACAUCCGUUUGUAGCAUCCCAAACCAUUUCAAAUAUUAAAACGACGUUCAUUCGCCUUGGGUGUUGAUGUAUCUGCGUGGACGUGUUCGCAUCCGUUUGCAGCAUUUCGUUUUGCUUUGGUUUGAUUUAGUCUUGCGGAGACAACCGGCAGACAGACAACUCACGCAGACCACUCAGUGCUCGCUGGCUCUGCGAUUUUCACUGCAUAUUAUUCGCAUUCGUCUUUGGCAAGCGGUACGCACGAUUGACUAACUAACUUCGGCGUUCGCCGUUAGUGCUCGAGCGUUUUUGACAUUUUUGUGACUCUUCAAGAAGUCGUACUUGACGCGUACGCACUCGGUACUAGUGUAACUGUGAAAAGUUGAAACUUUAAAAUAGUGAAAAAUCAUUGUUUUCAAGGACUUAAUUAUGAUUUAAUUAUUUUGUGGAAUAUAGCAAAUAUUCAGAUUAAUUUCGUGUAAUUUUGCUCAAAAGCAGCUUGUAAUUUUAAAAUUAUCAAUUACUGACUGGAUAAUUACAAGUGUGUCUGUGACGCUGCAAUCACAGCUGUUGUGCGAAAUGGGCGCGUGAAAGUCUUUGAUUUGCAAAAAUUUUAUUUAAAAAAAAGCAAAUACCUACUAAACAAAAUUUAAAUUUUACAAAAUAUGUGAAAAAAAAAAAUACUUAGAAUUACCGGAAAGUGGUGUGUUAGAACAGUGAAAUUUAUAAAUUGACUAGAAAAAGUGGAAGUAGCGGAUGUUUUAAAAAGAUAACCGUAGAAACGGCAAAGUACUGUUAACAUGAAAUUAAAGUAUUCAAAUUACAAUUAUCAAUACUUAGGCAAUUACAAAUUAAGUGCAAAAACAGAAACAAGAGUUAAUAGUUUGUUUUGUAUGCAACUAUGAUUUAAAGUUUUUAAUUUAUGCAAAUUUAGUAAAUAUUUAUUUAAAAAAUGAUUAAAAAGUUUAAAUUUAAUAAUUCAUAAUUUUCAAAACACUUAAGAAACUAACGCUUAAAAAUCAAAUCGCAAAUCGUACUAGUACCUUUAAUGCAUAAUUAAAUUAAUUAUAAUUAAGUUAAAUUAAUUAUAAUUUAUUUAAAUUAUUUAUAAUUCGCCUACAAGUAGUCAAUGCUCAACUCAAGUUGCAUUUACCGUCGGCAUGUGUUGCGUACUUACAUGGAUGAGUAAACUAAAUAAAAAGUAAUCAAUACUUAAUUAAACUAUAAAAGAUAUAUCAACCAAAUAUUUUGGUUUGCAACGCUCGGCUUUAAUAUGAUUUUCGAUCGCUAUGCAUUAUCAGGCAAUAGUGGCGACGAGUACGAAGCGGCGGCAGUGCGACACCUCAAUUUUGUGCCAUUCUCCAAUCACCACAGCAAUCACUUCAAUCAUCAACUCCCCCUGCAACAUCAUCUCCACCAACAAACACACCUGCCAACGACGCCACUGACAGCGAGCGCCGCACAACCGUCGUUGAAUUACGAACGCGGCGAGCACAAGCGCGAGAGCGGUGACCUAAUCGCCGCUAAUGUCAACGCCAGCGCCAACGUCAAUGCCAACACAAUUCUACAAAACGGCCAUAAUAGUGCGACAUACGAUUUGAAAACAUCGCCACUUUAUGCGGCGCCCAUUGGGGGGGCAUAUCACAAUCAUCAGCAACAGCAACAACAUAAUCACAAUAACAACAAACAAAGCAUUAACUUGCAGCCACCACAACAAAACCAACAACACUUGCCGACACAAGCCAUUGCAGCAGCGGCAGCCGCAACGUCCGCAACAUCGCCCGCCUCUGCGUCCAGUUCAGCGCAUCCAAUGUACAAUCCAUUCUUUGGCAGUAAAGCGCACGCGGAAGACUUCUUCACGCAGCUGGCGCGUUUGCGUGGACGCGACGAUUCCAUAAGUGGUUUGGAUAUACGUGAGAGCGGCGUAUAUGCGAAGGUGCGGCUCAGCCGUGGAACGCGUUAUGGCCCAUUUGCGGUGAAGUUGUGCAGUGAGCCGACGGCGCCCAGCCUGGCUUGGGAGGUCAUUGCAGGUCCACAUUUCCGCGGCUGGUUGGAACCGUCACAUGAUGUUUCGACGUGGCUGCGCAAAAUACGCGCUGUCGACAAUGACGGAGAGGCUAAUCUGAAGAACUUCCUGGUGGCAGGAUAUCUUUGGUAUGAAACAAAUCGUGAUAUUAAUGCCGGCGAAGAAAUCACCAUCGAUGGACGGCCGCGCACACCCAUACACCUAAACGAUGGCUUCGCCAAUGGCACGGAUGCGGGUCCGUUAGGCGCGACGAGUGCGUCGCUGCAAGGCGAUGAUAAAAGCGAACGUGAUAAUGGAUCUCUCUAUAGUGGCGGCAACACCACAGGCGACGACGAGUACAACCGUGACCGUUCGUUUAGCGAGAAAGCGGAUUGCCUUGAUUUGACCGACGACGAAAACGGUUUCGACAUACGUUGUGAAGUUUGUGAUAAAACAUUUUCGGACCUAGACGAUUUGGACCAUCAUUUGGUUGCUAAGCACUCGUUUCGUAAAGACGAGUUUCCCUGCGAAUUGUGCAACAAGCCAUUUUGUCAUCGACCUUUAUUACUGAAGCAUCGCGCCUUAGCGCAUAACGAAGUUCGAAAGUAUCCCUGUGAGAAUUGCCCAAAGGUAUUUUGUGAUCCAUCGAAUUUACAGCGGCAUAUUCGUGCCAACCACAUCGGUGCCAGAAGUCACGCGUGUCCGGAGUGCGGAAAAACAUUUGGUACAUCGUCCGGCCUCAAACAGCACACGCACAUCCACUCGUCGGUGAAGCCGUUCCAGUGUGAGGUGUGUUACAAGGCGUAUACGCAAUUCUCGAAUUUAUGCCGUCACAAGCGCAUGCACGCCGAUUGUCGCAUGCAAAUCAGAUGUCCUAAGUGCGGCCAGAGCUUCAGCACGGGUACCUCGUUAACAAAGCACAAGCGUUUUUGUGACCCCACCAACGUGCCGCUGCCACCCCAGCCCGUAUCAGCCGGAUCCGGUGUGAAUUUGCCACCACAUUUGCCGUCGCACCAACAGCAAGUCAUGCAGUCUCGCGUCUUACAAUCGAUGAACGCAGCCGUCGCAGCCGCCACUGGUAAUACCAAUGGUACAGGCGCUGGCUUACCAGGUACUGGCAUGUCGCCAGCCGACCAUCCGUUCGUGCUGUUUCCACCGUUCUUUCCAAAUUUUCCUGCUGCAGCCGCUGCCUACGGAUUGCCGGGCAUAUUUCCGCCGAGCUCAGCGCAGGCGUCCAAUUUCCCAUUCUUGUUUCCAAAGACUAAUUUGGAUAUGUGUAUGCCGGGUAUGCCGACGUCAAGCGGUCACAAUACAUUCAGCAGUUUGCCGUCUAUUAAAACUAGACGGCUUCAUAAUUUGACCUCUGGCGAGAGUAUGCGCUCAGGAGAUGUAUCACCGCCGUCGAGUGAGCACAGUCUGAAGCAAUCGAAUAGUAAUGCUAAUGCCACACUAAGUCUAGCCACGGAUACUGAUGAAGAUGGAAAAGUGGCCACUCCACUUGCCUUGACGUUAGCUUCUAAUUCACCAAAUUUUAAUAUCAAUCAAAACAGUUUCUCCACACACAAUCCAAGUGAUGAGGAUACCAGCUCGUCUGUAGAACUAAAGAUUACACAAAAUGAUGACGUCGACGUACAGGAGCAAGAAGAAGUUGAGGAGGCGGCAGAUAUGUCAAAGUUUGAGACCAGCACCAACAAGCUUAUGGAAGAUGACAAGAAAUCGAUUGAUAUAAUGAGCACUCCACCUCCGGCGGACCCCUCGGAUGAAGAAAAUAGCAAAACCACAAAUAGCGCCGCAGCUGCGGAACUGCCACUAGAUUUGAGUAUAGGCCGCAAGCGUGUACGCACCGCAAGCUCCAGUUCAACUGCCGACACGCAAUCGGUGCACAGCGAUCGCUCCACCAACCAGGCUACGCAAGGCGAGCACAAGUCUGAUUGUGAACAGCAACCGGAGUCUAACCUAAUACGCGUGCAUCACCAUAAAUUACUCAAGCGAUCAAGCCAAAAAAUAUCAACACGUCGCUGCGAGAAGCUCAAUCGUACACCCUCGAUUACCGCUUCGCCUGGACCGACACCAUCACCUUCGCCACCCAGCAAAGAGCAAGUCAAUUUAUUGUCAAACGAUUUGAAUUCUUCAGCGUCGGCGGCGGACUUUGAUUGCCUUCAACCGUUAGAACGAAAUCCGCUAUUCUUGGAAGAGAUCUAUCAUCGUUCGCGCACACUAAAUGACAUCUUUCCACGCCCGUUUCCUUUUUUAGGGCCAAUGGGCGGACGGCCAGCCUUUGAUAGAGCAUUACAAUGCUCUGAUAUGCCGUUUCCGCCCGAACCGGUUUUUCGCAAAAAUCUACUACCUGCCGGUCUCAUCGGCAGCAUGUUGGCCACGGCCUCCGGCAAAAUCAAGGAUCGCUACACAUGCAAGUACUGUGGCAAGGUAUUUCCGCGUUCAGCCAAUUUGACACGUCACGUGCGCACACAUACCGGAGAACAACCCUACACGUGUAAGUACUGCGAUCGUGCUUUCAGCAUUUCGUCGAACCUUCAGCGUCAUGUGCGCAAUAUACACAAUAAGGAGCGUCCGUUCCGCUGUCAUCUGUGCGAUCGCUGUUUUGGCCAGCAAACGAAUCUCGACAGACAUCUGAAGAAACACGAAGCCGACACGAACGGUUUGGGUGUUGGUUUCGGCGACUCGCCAUCCUCCAAUGAGGCAGAUCGGGAGGACAACUAUCUCGAUGAGAUACGCUCCUUCAUGGGCCAAGGCACAUACAGCGAAGAACAGUAUACACCAACAAGUAUUGGUGGGGCCGAAAACGAUACCGACUAUGCGGGCAGCGAUGCAGACGUGGAGUUAUCCGUCUCGCGUUCAUCGUCAGUCGAUGCGUUGGCUAUUAGUAGUGGUGAGGAUGCAGUGCUCGUAAAACAAGAGCCGUCGGCAGAUGCGACGAAAACCAGCGACGAGGUGGAUGUAAGCUCAUAAGCGAGAGCAAAGAGACAAACGGCAGUAUUGCUUAGAAGGUGUUAAGUGUUUUGAGUUGAAAAUUACAUAACUAACGGUCAUCGUGGAUGUGUAGGUGAAACGAGCAUAUUUCGUAGCGCAGCUUCAUGCUGAGUUCUGUAACAUUUAGCAAUUGCGUCAAUAGUGAUAAAACAGUGCGCAUAUACUCGUGACUUACUAUCAAACAGAUGUGGUGAAAAUAUAAGCAUAAUGAAAAUUAAGUGUAUAAAUAAUAAUUGUUGGACAUAAACAUACAGUUUCACAUGCGUACAUACACAUAUGGUAUUUGUGUAUAUAUAGGUGUGUGUAUGUAGUAUUUAGGUGAGCGCAUUAUAUGCUAAGUAUCUAAACUACAGUUGUUUUUGUAAUAAGUUUUGUUAAAUUAACUAUAAUGUAAUAUUAAACCUAAAUGAAUUCUUGAUUAGUUAGCUAGCAAAAGUCAGGAAAGUUGAAAAUAAUUUUUUGCUACCAAAAAGUGUGAAUUGGGCCUCAACAGUCCACCAAUUUGCACUCAGCAGCACUUGAAAGCGUCAAUAGAGUAUUUGUUUAGUUGUAAGUGCCACAAUUAAAUAUUAAAAUUUAAAUAAAUAAGCAAAAAUGCGAAAAUAAAUGCAUAUACCUAUAUUAAGUAAUUAGUAAGCUAAGUACUAAAAGUCACUUGUAAAUAAAUCUAAUAAUAAUAAAUGAUGAAAGAGGUAGUUAUAUGUUUUGAGACAACACGCGCACAUAAUACAAUUAUAAAUUAAAUAAACAGAAUAUGAGGGGAAAUACGUAUGUAAAUGUUUAAGUAAAUAAAUUAAAUUUGAUUUUUGUAAUUUGUAAGAGUAAACAAGUCGUUUAAUAAAUAAAUAAAAGAUUUAAAAAAA